AUGACAUGUGGCCACCGUGUGGCCCUAAGGGGUGGCCAUGACAUGUCGCCACCGUGUGGCCGUAAGGGGUGGCCACGGAGUAGCGCGAGGCGGUCGCAGCGCCCAACCCAGGAUGAGGUGGCGCACACGGUGUGGCCCACAGGCGGGUGGCCAUCACGUGGCCCCACGGUGUCUGGCCACGGAGCGGUGCGGUGCGGGGUAGCCGAGAUCUCAUGCUGGAGCCUCAGGCGUACACAACAGCGCCUCUCUACCCCAGAGUGCUUCUCUACCCCAGAGCGACUCUCUACGCCAGAGCGCCUCUCUACCCCAGAGCGACUCUCUACGCCAGAGCGACUCUCUACCCCAGAGCGACUCUCUACGCCAGAGCGACUCUCUACCCCAGAGCGACUCUCUACGCCAGAGCGCCUCUCUACCCCAGAGCGACUCUCUACCCCAGAGCGACUCUCUAUGCCAGAGCGACUCUCUACGCCAGAGCGCCUCUCUACCCCAGAGCGACUCUCUACGCCAGAGCGACUCUCUACGCCAGAGCGACUCUCUACCCCAGAGCGCCUUUCUAUGCCAGAGCGACUCUCUACGCCAGAGCGACUCUCUACGCCAGAGCGACUCUCUACGCCAGAGCGACUCUCUACGCCAGAGCGACUCUCUACCCCAGAGCGCCUUUCUACGCCAGAGCGACUCUCUACGCCAGAGCGCCUCUCUACCCCAGAGCGCCUCUCUACCCCAGAGCGCCUCUCUACCCCAGAGCGCCUCUCUACACCAGAGAGCCUCUCUACCCCAGAGCGCCUCUCUACCCCAGAGCGCCUCUCUACCCCAGAGCGCCUCUCUACCCCAGAGCGCCUCUCUACCCCAGAGCAGCGCCUCUCUACCCCAGAGCGCCUCUCUACCCCAGAGCGACUCUCUACCCCAGAGCGACUCUCUACGCCAGAGCGACUCUCUACGCCAGAGCGCCUCUCUACCCCAGAGCGACUCUCUACGCCAGAGCGACUCUCUACGCCAGAGCGACUCUCUACCCCAGAGCGCCUUUCUAUGCCAGAGCGACUCUCUACGCCAGAGCGACUCUCUACGCCAGAGCGACUCUCUACGCCAGAGCGACUCUCUACGCCAGAGCGACUCUCUACCCCAGAGCGCCUUUCUACGCCAGAGCGACUCUCUACGCCAGAGCGCCUCUCUACCCCAGAGCGCCUCUCUACCCCAGAGCGCCUCUCUACCCCAGAGCGCCUCUCUACCCCAGAGCGCCUCUCUACCCCAGAGCGCCUCUCUACCCCAGAGCGCCUCUCUACCCCAGAGCGCCUCUCUACCCCAGAGCGCCUCUCUACCCCAGAGCGCCUCUCUACCCCAGAGCGCUUCUCUACCCCAGA